UCUAAACUAACGCGUAUAAAUCAACUGUCACUGUCACAGAGUGCGUUUGUUGUUUGUUGUGCAUUUAUUUGUUUUGAAAACUUCACCGAAACAAAAACCCGGAUAAAAAUGAAUCUAGAAUUACUAGAAUCAUUUGGCCAAAACUACCCAGAGGAAUUCGACGGGACGUUGGACGGCUCUUCAGUUGCAGUAACAUGCUCGUUCAACAAACGCGGAACACUCUUAGCAGUCGGUUGCAAUGACGGUCGCAUCGUAAUCUGGGAUUUUCUAACAAGAGGAGUAGCAAAAAUCAUCUCAGCUCAUGUUCAUCCAGUUUGCAGCAUCAGUUGGUCAAGAACAGGCCAUAAAAUAGCAUCAGCUUCAACAGACAACACUGUUUGUAUUUGGACUGUGCUCACAGGAGAAUGUGAACAAAAGUAUAGAUUUCCAUGCCCAGUAUUGAAAGUACAGUUUGAACCACGAGGAGUUGAGAGAUUAUUGGUUUGUCCCAUGAGACAUGCUGCUGUGCUUGUGGAUACUAAUGGAGGGCAUCAAGUUUUACCUAUCGAUGAAGAUGCUGAUUUAAAUAUUGUGGCAUCUUUUGAUCGUCGAGGUGAAUAUGUGUACACUGGCAAUGCAAAAGGCAAGAUUAUUGUAUUAAAUGCUAAUACCCUGGCAGUACGUGCGAGUUUCCGGAUUGUUUUGGGCACAUCCAAUGCCACAGCAGUUAAAAGUAUUGAAUUUGCCCGUCGGGGUGAUUGUUUCCUCAUAAACACCGGCGAUCGAGUUAUCAGAGUCUACAAUAGUAAAGAAGUGAUUGCUUGUGGUAAAGAUGGCGAACCGGAACCCAUACAAAAGCUACAAGAUUUGGUUAACAAGACAAUGUGGAAAAAGUGUUGUUUUUCUGGCGAUGGUGAAUAUAUCUGCGCUGGUUCAGCACGUCAACAUGCCCUCUACGUCUGGGAGAAAUCAAUCGGAAAUUUAGUGAAAAUCUUACACGGAACAAAAGGCGAGUUAUUAUUGGACGUCGCAUGGCAUCCUGUACGACCAAUCAUAGCGAGUAUCUCAUCGGGAGUUGUAAGCAUCUGGGCACAGAACCAAGUCGAAAAUUGGUCGGCUUUCGCACCAGAUUUUAAAGAACUUGAUGAAAACGUUGAAUAUGAAGAACGCGAGAGCGAAUUUGAUCUGUCCGAUGAAGAUAAAUCGGUUGCAAGCGGCGGCGACGCGAAGGAAGACACCGAGUGUGAUGUUGACGUAUUAGGUGUUGAUCCGGUUGCAGCGUUUUGCAGCUCCGAUGAAGAAAACGAGAAUUCAGAUUAUUUACAAUUCUUACCAAUCGCGCCGGACGUUGAAGAACCGGAGGAUACUUGGGCACCUGAAGCUGUCGUUGUUCCGCAACCACAGAGUUUAGAUUCACCACCGACGAAGAAAAAGAAGUACCGGUCAUAUGAUAUUCAACUACAGCACUCGAAUGACGGAGAGGUGCAUCCGAUGCUCUUGAACAACAAAACAAAAGAUAAGCAGAACGCGAUCGGUGGCAAGAAGACAAUCGGACGACCACGCAAUAAAUAAAUCUUAAUGAUUAUACUGUUUGUAAGUAGACUGUCAACAGCAAACAACAUGGCCGACGUUUAUCGUCUAUUUUCUCACUUAUUAUAUACAAUAAGUUAAAUAUUUACAAAAAUA